AUGAAUGAUCUAUUCUCUAGCUCUUUCAAGCAAUCCCAAGCUGUUAAAACACACUCCUACCUUGAUGUGGAGGCCGGCGGUGGCGCUGCCAACGACACCGUCGAUCUUGAUAAGUUCUUCCAGGAUGUCGAGAACGUUAAAGACGACAUGGCCGGUGUCGAGAAGCUGUACAAAAAGCUACAAGAAUCAAACGAGGAGAGUAAAACGGUUCAUAAUGCGAAAACCAUGAAACAGCUUCGAGCCAGAAUGGACUCAGAUGUGGAGCUGGUGUUGAAGCGUGUCAAGAUCAUUAAAGGAAAGCUUGUGGCCCUUGACAAAUCGAACGUGGAGCAUCGAAAGACUCCUGGUUGUGGGCCUGGCUCGUCCACGGAUCGAACUCGCACGUCGGUUGUUAGCGGUUUGGGUAAGAAGCUCAAGAUCAUGAUGGACGACUUCCAGGCGUUGCGGACCAAGAUGAACGAAGAGUAUAAAGAGACCGUCGGGAGAAGGUAUUUUACGAUUACGGGCGAGAAGGCAAACGACGAAUUAAUCGAGGAUCUGAUAUCGAGUGGUGAAAGCGAAGAUUUCCUUCAAAAAGCGAUCCAAGAUCAGGGUCGAGGCCAAAUUAUGGACACAAUCAUGGAAAUCCAAGAAAGACACGAUGCUGUGAAAGAUAUAGAGAAGAAUCUGAUCGAACUACACCAGAUCUUUUUGGAUAUGGCGGCGCUGGUCGAAGCCCAAGGACAACAGUUGAACGACAUCGAGAGCCACGUGGCUCACGCGAGUUCGUUUGUUCAUCGUGGAACCGAGCAAUUGGUGGAAACAAAGGAGUUGCAAAAGAGCUCGAGGAAAUGUACUUGCAUUGCCCUCGCCCUCGUUCUUGUCUUAAUAAUCGUAGCAACUUAUCCGGUUUGGUUUCCCAUGAUCAUGCGUCCAUAG